AUGGGGGGCUUUGACGCGCAUCUUAGGCGUAUCCUAGGCAAUGAAGCCCUGGAAAAAGUUAAGAAGUCACGUGUCCUGCUUGUUGGCGCCGGUGGAAUCGGGUGCGAGCUUUUGAAGGACCUCAUUCUUAUGAACUACGGAGAAAUCCACGUGGCCGACCUUGACACAAUUGACCUAUCUAACUUAAACAGACAGUUUUUGUUCCGUCAGAAGGAUAUCAAGAAGCCCAAAUCCCUGACGGCAGUUAAAGCUGUCGAAUCGUUCAAUCAUGCGUCCAAGUUGGUGGCAUAUCACGGAAAUAUCACUGACGCAAACACUUACCCACUCGACUGGUUCUGCCAGUUCGACACCAUUUUCAACGCGUUAGAUAAUCUUGAAGCCCGUGUGUAUGUCAACCGCAUGGCCCUUUUUGGUAAUAUUCCCCUGAUGGAAAGUGGGACCUCCGGUCUGAAUGGCCAGGUGCGACCCAUUCUUCCUUACCAAUCAGAGUGCUUUGAAUGUACACCGGUAGAGGCUCCCAAGACGUUUCCCGUUUGCACAAUUCGUUCAACUCCAUCGAAACCCAUUCAUUGUAUCAUCUGGGCCAAGAACUUUUUGUUCUCGCAACUUUUCGGUGAAGAUGGAGAGCAGGAACAGCUCAGCGCUGCUGAUCUGGAUACUGAAGAUGACGCUGAAGUUGAGGCCUUGCUUAAGGAAAGCAACGAAUUACUGGAUUUGAAGCGGUUAAUAAAGGAGGCUGGUGAGACCAGCAAUGAUGAAUUUGUCUUUUCCAUUGUCACUAAGAUUUUCAAGGAGGAUAUAGAAAGACUUUUGCGGAUCCAAUCAUUGUGGAAAAGCGGAGCCAAGCCAGAACCACUCGAUGUUGACUCUACCAGGUUGCAGCUUCAAGAUGUUUCCUCAGAUGUCCUCGCCAAUGACCAGGGAGUCUGGACUCUUAUUGAGAGUCUUUAUGUCCUCGUGGACUCCACCAAGCGACUUACCAAAAGAUGGGCUUCUGAAAGAAACAUUCCCUUCGAUAAAGACGACAAAGACACUCUCGAUUUUGUGGUUGCAGCCUCGAAUCUCCGUUCAUACUGCUUUCAUAUUGAAGCUCUUUCAAGGUUCAAACUCAAGCAAAUAGCAGGCAACAUCAUUCCUGCCGUGGCCACUACGAACGCCAUAAUGGCAGGACUCAGUUGUUUGCAGUCGAUCAACCUUCUUACCGCAAAUCCCUUUACACAGCUACGUAUGGCAUUUGACUCUAACUACCCUGAUCGAUUUGUUGUUCCGUCUUCUUUAUCAAAGCCCAGCCCAGCUUGCGGUGCAUGUUCGCUAAGACGCGGCGUUUUAAAACUUCAUCCUACCUCAACUUUGGGGCAGGUUCAUGAUGCCAUAGUGGAAAAGUACAAGUUUCCAGACGACAUCUCGAUUAUCGCCAAGUCCCGACUCAUAUACGACGAUGACUUCGAUGACAAUCUUGUCAGGACCGUUGAAUCACUUGGAAUCGGAUUGGGAACUACGCUGUUUGUGUCUGAUCUCGACGACGACUUUGAGGGAAUCGCUCUGUAUGUUACCAACGGUACAGGUGAAGGCAACGAUGUUGAGUGCGCAACAGACUUCGAGCUCGUUCCCAAACGCGAGCCUGCAACUGCUGAUGAGGGUGUUGAUGACGAUUUUGAGGAGAUUGUUGAUGACGAUCUAACAGUAAUUGAGGACAGGAAACACACUUUAGACGCCAGUGAGGAGGGCACGCCGAAGAAGGUCAAAAGGAGUUGA